UUCCCGACGAAGCAGAGCCCUAUUUCGCCUCGUUCUCGUUGUCGAGGGGAAUCAACGCCGCCGCCGCGCAUGGAUUCUUGCAAUUUGAUCUCCGUUUCCGUGCCGCGCCAUCUUGUUAGAUUCGCCUGCCGCCCAUCAGAUCUGCCUUUCGUUGUCCGAUCGACGCCAUGGUUUCGAGAGAUGCGGAACCGGGAUUCGAAGUAGCGGGAGAAAGUAACCUUCAAUUUCUUUCUUUAGGAAUCAAAGAUAUUGACAAAUUGAGUUGGGUUACAAAGUAGUGCAAUAUUCUCAAGUUAAUUCAUCUUACUGGGAAGAAGCGUCCAACAACUUUUUAGCAUUUUCAAGAUUGUGAAACAUAUUUUGGGUCCAAUAUGCAGCAGCCUAGGGUUGAAAAUCCUGGUUGGGCUGCCUUUGAUCGCAAGCAUCGUAAAAAAGAAUGUGAUGGGCCUGAAGAGAAUGUGGAUGCCUUCCCCUCCCUCUCAAACCUACAUUCUUCAUUGGCAACAAAAAGUUUGAUAAGUAACAACUUCAAAACCAUGAAGCCCUUUACUUUUGUAAUUCAACGCAAUCUAGAACUCCCACCACUUGAGACUGGCUUCAAAAUUGGGGCAAAAACUGAUAACGUGUGCCAAAAGUAUGCUGAUCAUCAGGUUACUGCUAAAACUCAAGGAGUUUCUUCUAUGAAGCUUCUAAUGGAUGUCCAUACUUGGGCUGAUCAACAGUUGAUUGAAGAUGUAUUAUCUGCCGUUGAUGAUGACAUAGACCAAGCUUCUGUCCUUCUUAAAGGCAUGGCUUCAACUGAUAGUAAAACUGAGGCAGAAGCUAGCUUUUCUGAUCCAAUCACUCUGAUAACGAAAGACAAAUGUGAAGAGGAAAGUAAUUGCAUCCAGAAAGACAGUCUGCUGUCAGAUAAUGUACAUAAAGUAUCUAUAUCAAAUAAAUUAUUCUGUAUACCAGCUGAACCUGAAUGGGAAGAAGAUGAUGUCUACUUGAAUCACCGAAAAGAUGCAUUGAAGAUGGUGAGGGCAGCAUCACAACAUGUGCGGGCUGCUAGCAAUGCAUACUCAAGGGGUGAUCACGUUUCUGCACGGCAUCUUUCGGUGAAAGCUCAAGAGGAGUGGGUAGCUGCUAAUAAACUGAACCACAAGGCAGCAGAAGAAAUUUUGCUUGCUAGAAACAGCCAGGAUGAUCGGUGGAAGUUAGACUUGCAUGGUCUGCAUGCAUCUGAAGCAGUGAAGGCACUCACUCAACAUCUUCAUGUACUGGAAUCUGAAAUCAGGAACCAUCAUGCUUCACCUACGCCAAAUCCUUCUCUGCAAAGGCAAUCAGUGUCGCAAAGGCAAUCAGUAUUACAAGUAAUUACAGGGAUAGGUAAACAUAGCAGAGGACAAGCUUCACUUCCUUUGGCAAUAAAAAAUUUUCUCACUGAAAACAGAUAUCAUUUCAACGAAGCACGACCCGGUGUAUUUGCUGUGCAUCCUAAGUUUCGCUACAAGUGACUGCCCUGAUUCAAUUUGCUCGGUUUACUAAAAUCUUAAAUCCCUUCAAGAUCACUGAAUGAGUUAUUUUCCUUGGCAUAUCUGCUUGAAGCCCUUCAAGAUCACUGAAUGAGUUCACAACUCUCAAGUUUAGUCCUUCGUUUAGAUCAAUCACUCUCUAGUUGCUCACUAUUCAUUGGAUGAACUGAUUUAAUCGAUAUAAUUUUAUGCCUGUUCUUCGGGUUCCUGUCAACAACUGCUGUAAAGAGUUCCAAACACAUUAUUUAAUAUUUUUUAAAACCUCCUUGUUUGUUUGA